CACUAUUUAGUGUCGAUAUAUGACAGCACAUAACUAAAUUGAAGGGACACGAAUGCUCGAAAAAGUCAUGUCGGAGGAAGAAAGGAGAGAAGCGGAGGCUGUUUUCUCUCAGCUACGUCAACAAGGACAUAUUUAUGUCGACACAGGUUCCUCUGGGCCCGAGGAUUUUUUUGAGGAGGACUCCUACUCUCCGUCCUCCCUCUCUUCGUCCUUCUCGACCUCCCUGCAGGGGAAGACCCUGUGCACCUCCUGCGGCCUGGAGAUAGUGGACAGAUACCUCCUCAAGGUGAACAACUUUUGCUGGCAUGUGCGCUGCCUCUCGUGCAGUGUGUGCAACACGUCACUGGGGCGACACGUGAGCUGCUUCAUCAAAGAUAAACAGGUUUUCUGCAAACUUGAUUACUUCAGGAGGUACGGGACCCGCUGUGCUCGCUGUGGCCGGAACAUCCACUCCACUGACUGGGUGCGCCGGGCCCGGGGCAGCACCUUCCACCUGGCCUGCUUCUCCUGCAUCUCCUGUAAGCGCCAGCUCUCCACUGGGGAGGAGUGUGGAGUGCUGGAGAACAGGGUCUUCUGCCGGCCACACUACGACAUCAUGAUGGAGAAUAUCCAACGUACUAAGGAAAAUGAGCAACCCCAAGUGGAGGAAGAGCUGUCGGAGAAAGACGAGGCCAGCUCCGUCCCCCUGCCGGCUAAGAGGGCCAGGACCAGCUUCACUGUGGACCAGCUACAGGUAAUGCAAACUGAGUUUGCUAAAGAUAGCAACCCAGAUGCCCAGACCCUCCAGAUACUGGCAGAAAGGACUGGUCUCAAGCGCAGGGUCAUUCAGGUUUGGUUUCAGAACUGUCGAGCUCGUCAAAAGAAAUACAUCGGCCCACAUUCCUCCUCCCCAACCUUUAUGGCAUCCUUUGCUCCUGGUCAGCUGACGCCACCUAUGAUGGACGAUCUGCAAUACACAACCUAUAUUUCCCAGGAUGCACCCCUCCUCACUACACUGACCUAUAUGGAUGUUCAAAAUCCAGACCCACUUCUGCUUCAGCCUCUCAUGUCUCAUUCGCUGACACAUCUCCCCAUCAGCCAUGCCUGAGCUACAGCCCGCCUCUCAGAAAAUGGAGAGAAGACGAUUGGCUGAUUGGAAGAUAAAGAGCAAAUUGUUACUCUUUCAUAAAAAAGUCCUGAGGAUUGAAUUACUUUGUUUUAUAAACUGUCCAAAGAAUCAGUUAUUAAGUCAAACAAUUUAAGUUUCACCGCCUUAUAUGUGAGCAAAAAAUAACCUGUUAUGUCAACACAUUUAUUUAAUGGAAUCACAGAAACGGGAGAGUUGACAAAAUAUGGUAAUAAGUGAGAUGAAACUUUUGUUAAUAUGUAUAUGCUGUGUUUUUCUUUGUAUUUAAUUUAUUUGAAAAUAAUUGUGAGAUAAGGCACUUUGUUGUAAGAAGAUAUAAAGCGAAGUAAGCAUAUGGUUUUCAGUUAGAUGUUUAUUUAAGGAUGUGUUUGAUGAUUAUAAGAUUGUUAGUUGUACAAGAGAGAGAAGCGGGUUGUUUUCCUUGUAAAGACUUUGUUAGAAAAGCUCUCUGCUCUCCACUUGGAAGGGUCAAAGGCUGUUAUUCUCAAAACAUCCACAUGUCCUAUUUUUGAUAAACAACAUUUCUUAAGAUGCUUUUCAGUAGAACAUACGGUAAGCACAGAUAAAAAAAACAAAGCCAAUG